AUGGAAUCAUUUAUUAGUUUUGUGCCCCUAAAAGCUUCUGCUAUUGUCAGACCAAGUGAGGAUACAUUCAUCUUCAGUUCGAUUUCUAAGUGGUCUAAACUUGAAGGUAAAGAAUGUGUAUAUGAAGUUCCGACUGAAUUUAACAUUGUACGGACCGCCGAGAACAGAGAUGGAUCAAUUGAUUUAUACUGCUUGUUAGAGACGAAGAAUUUACAAGAUGUUUCCAAAUGGGAUCCUUUGUCGUCCACAGAAGUGGACCUUUCCGUCAAUAUUGAUGAACAUGAAUGGAUUCCGCUAUUGGAAUCUUUAGUUGAUGACUGGAAUAAAAAUGGAUACCACGCAGACAUAAUAGUAGUUAAGAAACAAAAUCAUCGUCGGGCUACAGGAUCACGUAAUGAGUAUAUGGAUAAAACUGCAAUUUUGAUUGGUCUGAAGAGUAAGUUAGCAAUAAUGGAGAUUGAACUUAAGUGUGCUUUUGCUAUGAAAAGUAAUAAACAUAUCGAUUUCAUAAAUACAAAGGCAGUGUCUAUGUUGCCCCUGUUAGCAGGUCAAAAUGGGAGUAAUUGGAGACACCUUUCCGAAUGUUUCGAUACCAAUAUCAUCUAUUCAGAAUUGGGGCUAGCGGGCUAUGACUACCCAGAUACGCUUUUUUUGGAAGGUUCACAAAAGUGUAGUCUGCUCUGUGCAAAACAUUAUCUUCAAAACAAACUCAACUCUUUUGUCGAUGGAGGGUUAUAUGCUACAACAAUAGCAAGCAUCUCACCUUUGAAACUUUCAUAUUUGAGAAGCAUAUUUUCUUCCAAACACAUAAUGAAUCUAAUGAAGAAAUAUCCUUCGUAUAUCUUGCUCACCUCUGAUGGUAUUCAAUUUCAAAGCUAUUCUGCUGCACUCCUGGAUAUUGUAAGGAAAAGGUUUGUCAGAAAUAUUUUAGCUGACAUUUCUGAACUUCGCUUCUGGUUUUCUAGUGCAGAAGGUACUUCUGAAGUGAUGACUUCGAAAAGAACAAAAUUUAAACAGAUAGCAAUAGACCACCAAGUUAUUUUCUCUUACGAUGAAGCUAAUAAUUUUAUCAGCUUUACUGGUUCAAACGAAUCUAUACAGAGGGCAUACAAUGAUAUCAUAAUUGAAAGAUUACCUGGUGUAAAGAAUAUAAGAUUUACUUUGGAGUUAGAUACUAUCUACAAGGAUUUCAUCUCUGGAAAAAAGAACGGUAAAUUAAUGAAAAUAAUGGAUCUGACGAAGUGUGCCAUCUCUUUAGAAAACGACCAUAGCGGGAAUAUGCUUGUGGUUUUACAAGGUGAUAAUAUUGAACAGUUAAAGGAUAGUUUUACACUUUUACUUCAGGAAUUGCCAUGUGAGAAAUCUUUCUUCAUACCAGAGGCAUAUCAUCGCCCAGUUAUUGGAGCUGGUGGCUCCGUAAUUCAAACCAUUAUGAGAAAGUAUAAUGUAUACAUUCAAUUUUCGAACAGCUUCCAGCUACCUCAAACGGAUUGGGCUUUCAUAAGAUAUGAUAAUGUCAUAAUCAGAUGUCCAUCGAAGAAUAAGGCGAAUAUACAAGCAGCAGAAGAGCAAUUGUUGAAUUUAUCUGAACAAUACAGUCAAAUUCAAAACACGGUAUAUGUUCAAAUGUCUCCAGGCCAAUACAAAUAUUUAACACAUGCCCGCGAAAACCUCUCCUUUAUUAGCGAGAUUGAAAAGACAUAUUCUUGUUAUAUCUCUUUCCCCCAAUCUUUACCAAAUGGAAAUUUCCACUUAACAAUAAAGGGAAAUGAUAACGGUCCUGAGCAAGCUGCAAAUGCAUUAACCUCUCAUUUUGGUAGGGAAAUCGAAAUAAACGUCAAGGAUCCAAUUUCAAACAAAAUAAUCUCUAAUGGACUACUUUUACCUUUGACCUUAAAUGAAGUGCAACUAACACACUACGAUCAAACUAUUAGACUAACAUUCAGUUCGGAAAUGACUGCAAAGAAGUUGGAAAAGGUGUUUUUCUUGAUCGAGACAUAUAUCAAAGACACAAAUAAUAGAAUUAAUUCAAAGAAAGAAAUUUCCCCAUAUAGUAGCGUCGCACCUUUGUAUGGAGUAGGGAAAACAAUAACUGAUAUGCCACAAGUCCAAUCUCAUUCUCAUUCACAUACUAAUGUACCUAUGCUCAACGAAUACUCUCAAAUUCGCAUGUAA